CCACCAGGCCAACUGGUGCAGGUUCCACCAGGCCAACUGGUGCAGGUUCCACCAAGCCAACUGGUGCAGGUUCCACCAAGCCAACUGGUGCAGGUUCCAUCAAGCCAACUGGUGCAGGUUCCACCAAGCCAACUGGUGCAGGUUCGUCCACGCCAACUAGGGCAGGUUCAGCAGGGUCAGAUAGGCUCGAAUCAACCCGUGCAGGUACAGUUGGGUCAGCUAUGCUCAGGUAAACCGGUGCAGGUUUUCCCAAAUCAACUGGGGCAAAUUUGGCCAGGUCAAAUGGCACAGGUUGGGCCAAAUCAACUGGUGCAGGUUUGGUCAAAUCAACCGGCGCAAAUUUGGCUGAGUCAACUAGUGCAGGUGCGGCUGGAUCAACCAGUACAGGCACACUCUGGUCAAUCGGGGCAGGUUUGGCCGAUUCAAACGGCGCAGGUCUGGCCGGCUCAAACGGAGCAGGUUUGGCCGGCUCAAACGGCGCAGGUCUGGCCGGCUCAAACGGCGCAGGUUUGGCUAGAUCAAUUGCACUAG